AUGUUGGGCUUCUGCUCCCCUGCGGCCGGUUCACCUCCCGACGAGGCGACGCCGGAGCCGUUCCGUUCGCUGCAGAUCGCCACCUGCACGGCCGCCGCCGCCGCCACGACAAAGAAGAAGCGCCGGCCCGCCGGCACACCAGACCCGGACGCGGAGGUGGUGUCGCUGUCGCCGCGGACGCUGCUGGAGUCGGACCGGUACGUGUGCGAGAUCUGCAAGCAGGGGUUCCAGCGCGACCAGAACCUGCAGAUGCACCGGCGGCGGCACAAGGUGCCGUGGAAGCUGCUGAAGCGGGAGGCCGGGGAGGCGGCGCGGAAGCGGGUGUUCGUGUGCCCGGAGCCCAGCUGCCUGCACCACGACCCCUCCCACGCGCUGGGUGACCUCGUCGGCAUCAAGAAGCACUUCCGCCGCAAGCACAGCGGCCAGCGCCAGUGGGCCUGCGCCCGCUGCUCCAAGGCCUACGCCGUCCACUCCGACUACAAGGCCCACCUCAAGACCUGCGGCACCCGCGGCCACUCCUGCGACUGCGGCCGCGUCUUCUCCCGGGUGGAGAGCUUCAUAGAGCACCAGGACACCUGCAACGCCGGGCGGGCAUGGGCGGACGCCUCGCCGGCGUGUGGCGCCGGUGUGGCCGCUGCUAGUGCCAGGUCGCAGCAGCUGCAGGCGCCGCCAGCCAUGUCACUGUCGAGGACGGCGUCGAGCACCAGCCCGUCCAGUGACAUUGCCAUCAGCCCGGUGGCCUGGCCCGGUCCGGCACCGGCGAUUCCAAGCCCUACGACCGCCGCGUUCCACCGGUUCGAACAAGUCCCGUCGCCGCGGACGCCGCCAUCGGACCACCACCGCGGCGGACACCACAACCUCGAGCUCCAGCUCAUGCCGCCGUCCUGCAGUGCCGCGGGCGGUGGCGCGCCGGUGUACUGCGGCGGCGCGCCACGCACUCCGGCCGUUCCUCCACAGAGCCGCGACGACGCCGUCAUGCAGCUGCAGCUGUCCAUCGGCGUCUGCGGCGGCGGCGGGUUCGCGGACGCGGACGAGCGUGGCGACGAGGUGAUGAUGCUGGCCACAGCAGCGAGGGAGAAGGAGGAGGAGGCACGGGAGCAGCUGCGGCAAGCGGUGGCGGAGAAGGCGUCCGCGGACGAGGCCCGCGCGCAGGCGAAGCGGCACGUGGAGCUGGCCGAGCAGGAGCUGGCGAGCGCCAAGCGGAUGCGGCGGCAGGCGCAGGUGGAGCUGAGCCGCGCCCACGCGCUCCGGGAGCACGCCCUGCGCCAGGUGAACGCGACGCUCCUCCAGAUCACCUGCCUCGGCUGCCGCCACAAGUUCCGCGUGCGGGCUCCGCAGCUGAUGGACGCCGUCGUGGCCCCCGAGGUGGCCUGCAGCUACAUGUCCUCCGUCGUGACAGCAGAGGGCGGCGACGCCGAGGUCGUCGACAACGAGCCGCCCCUCGACGGCGCGGACGCCAUGCUGCGGCGGCGCCAACACGCCAUGGCCAUGGACAUCGUCCUCUAG